CUUCCUCUUUUUCCUUUCCUUCUUUAUUGAUGAAAUAGCCAUUAUAGAAGUUCAGAAAUGCCAAAAGCACAGUCAAAGGUAACGCCUUUGUCACCAAGCAGCGGUCCAAAAUCAAGUCAUUUUCUUUCUCAUGAGAGUACUCUGUCUGGUUCUGGUUCUGUUUUGGCCCCUUCAUUUUCACAUCUGAAUAAUGAAAAUGACGGUGGUGAGGGUGGUAAUGGUGGUGAUUUUCUCGAUAACCAUCAAUUUAAUGAAUAUUUGUCCUUUCUUGAUGAGAAUUCAUCCAAAAGUGAGGAAUUUGUCGAUCCAAGGUCUCAAUUUGGUUAUUCAGCUAACAAUGGAGACACUAAUUUGCACAGGAGAAGUUUCUCAGCUAGUGAAUUGCGUCUUGAAUCUGAGGAUGUUGGUUUUGGUGGUGGAUACAAGCCUUGCAUUUACUUUGCUAGAGGGCAUUGCAAGAACGGGGAUAAUUGCAAGUUUGCACAUGGUGGUUUUGCUGAUAAUGUUGACCAUGGUGGUCAUAUUGUUGGUUCAUCCAGCAAAAUGGACUUUUUUUAUCAUCAGCUGGAGGAGAUGAAGAGAAUGAAAGCUCUCUAUCAGCAACGCUUAGCUGCUUCACAGUUCAUAGGCGGAGCUCCGUCACUGUUUUCUGACAAAAGCAUGAAUCUUUUCCUCCGGCAGCAAAAUGACCCGCAGAGAGCUGCUGCAUUAAUGUUGGGUGAAGAAAUCUACAAGUUUGGUCAGGAUCAACUAGAAAGGAAUGACCUCUUUGCAUUGGCAUUGGCAGAAAAGGCCAACUCAGCAUCGAGACAGAUUUAUUUGACAUUCCCAGCUGAUAGCUCAUUCAAGGAUAAGGAUGUCUCAAACUACUUUAGAAAAUCAGUGCUGCAUUUGGGUAUGGAUUAUUUGUCUUUUGAACAUGAGUACUGGUCUAUCAAAGCAUCAUUAUCCAUUCUUGACGCUUGAUGUUCUAAUAAUUUCUACUAUUGUGAUAUUCAAAGUUCAAAAUUUUGUCUCCUUUUCUGUGCUUUCACAAUUGCUGCAUUGAUGCAAUUUGGAGUUAGCGAUGUAAGUCUUGUUGUAGUCUCCAAUGAUGAAAUUUUAGACCUUUUGCCAAUUGAUAGAGUUGGCAUGUAAUCUGUAUUUUUCUCUUUGCCCAUGAUUUUGAUACUAAACUAGUUUUUGUGUCUUGGUUUUUUCCAUGGGCUAAGUUUUAUGAAUUCUUUGGUUUUAUGUUGAUAAAUUUAAUUGAAUUCCUGUUGUAUCAUUCCAAAGCUUAUUUGGACCAGUUCAAGAUGUGAGGAUCCCAUACCAGCAGAAGCGAAUGUUUG